CAAAAUAUCAAUACUGUUGUAUCAACUCAAAGUGAUUCUGAAGAAGAAAUUGAUAAUGAUAAUAUAUCUAAUUCAGAAACAGAUCCUAUUGAAUUAGUAAAUCAGUGGAAUAUAAUUGUUGGAGAUUGGCUUAAUCUUUUAGAUAAUGAAGAAUUUGAAAGUGAAGAAGAAAUUGGAAUGAUUAACCAUCCAGCAACUAAUCAAGAUGCAAAGUGGUCUCUUUUACAGAUUUUUUCAGAAGGAUUAGAAUUUCCAACAUUUUAUGAUUUAUUAAUAAAUGAAUCAUAA